GCAGAGAGGAGCAGCCUCUGGGGGCAGAAGCCGGAAGCCAUGUCGUCGGAGAAGCCGAUCCGCUUCGGGGUCCUGGGUUGCGCCAACAUCGCCCGCAAGGUGUCGAGGGCCAUCCGGCUUGCGCCCAACGCCGCGCUCCAGGCCGUCGGCAGCCGUACCCGCGAGAAGGCCUCCGCGUUCGCCGCAGAGAACGGAUUCCCGGAGUCGGCCAAGAUCUACGGCAGCUAUGAAGCUGUUCUGGACGACCCCGACGUCGACGCCGUCUACGUCCCUCUCCCCACCAGCCUCCACGCCAAGUGGGCCGUUCUCGCCGCCCAGAAGAAGAAGCACCUGCUUCUGGAGAAGCCGGUGGCGCUGAACGCGGCGGAGCUGGACACCAUUCUGGCGGCCUGCGAAUCCAACGGCGUACAGUACAUGGACGCCACCAUGUGGAUGCACCAUCCCCGGACCGCUCUCAUGAAGCAGUUUCUCUCCGAUCCCCACCGUUUCGGCCAACUCAAAUCGGUUCACAGCGUCUUCAGCUACUGUCCCGGCGAGGAGUUUCUCCGCAACGAUAUCCGCGUGAAGCCGGAUCUCGACGCCCUCGGCGCACUCGGCGACACCGGCUGGUACUGCAUCCGAGCCAUCCUGUGGGCUAACGACUACGAGCUCCCCAAAACCGUAACCGCCUUGCGCGAGCCCGAGUACAACGAAGCCGGCGUGAUCCUCUCCUGCGCCGCCUCCCUGAGCUGGGCGGACAGCCGAAUCGCCACCUUCUACUGCUCUUUCCUGACCAAUCUCACGAUGGACAUAAGCUGCGCCGGCGCGAAGGGAAACCUGCGAGUCCACGACUUCGUUAUACCGUUUCGCGAGAAAGCCGCAAAGUUCUACGGAGCUUCGAAUUCGACGUUCUCGACGCUUGCGCUGGGGUGCGAGCCGGAGCCGAGCGAGCACGCCGUCGAGACGGAUCUGCCGCAGGAGGCUCUGAUGGUGGCAGAGUUCGCUCGUUUGGCCGGCAGCAUUGAGAGAGACGGAUCGAAACCGGAGAAGAAGUGGGGGAGCAUCAGCCGGAAGACUCAGCUGGUUGUGGAUGCCGUCAAGGCUUCGAUCGAGCGCGGCUUCGAGCCUGUCGAGGUUGUGAAUUAAUUAAUUAGCCGAAUGGAGUUAAUUCUUGUGUAAAACUUAUUCUGUACAAACAGCAAUAUUUCUCAAAAUAAAUAACCCAAAAGUAGAGUUAUUCUCUCGA